GCUCGCCAACCAUCCAGCUACGCACACCACAUAUCUAUACGCACUACAUCCCACCUUACCCAUCUAACCUCCUCCUCCUCCUCUGCUCACCUGCUCGCACCGAGUCCGACAGCCUCCCCUAGCCAACGUCAUCAGAUGUUGGGGUAGGGAUCGAACACUGCUCCUUCUCCCGUUGUAUUUUCGAACAGAAUCCGGAACCGUCUCCCCCCUCUUUUCUCGGCUCUUUUUCUCAAAAGAUGGCGCAGGAUUCCCUGAGGGCUUUAGUCGACAAUAUCCCCGACUGGCUCAAACGCCUCGACGAUCUUAAUGGACAAAUCGAGCAACGCCAGCUGGAUCUGGCCAGCCUAUCCGAGAAUAAAUCCUCCGCACGUUCCAUCAGGAACCGCGGGUCAACCGAAUCUCUGAAACCGCGAGAUGAAGGCCCGACAAUUCUGCCUACGGACGCCGUCGAUAGUCAUCCGGCCCCGCUUCCGUCCCGACGACCCAACGCCCAGCCACAAGACGGCGUCGAACCUCCUUCGAGCCCCGUGAGCGAGCCUAAAUCUAAGUCCUCGCUCCAGCAGAAGAACGAGGUCGUGGCGGCGGCGCAAAGAAGAGUACGCGCGACGGUUCGCAGGCGCCACAAGACGGAAUCCAUGGUCAGCGUCGAACACGGUAUACCGAAAUACAGAUCGCGAAAUAUGAUCAUUGUCUACUACGACAGCUACGUGCAGUCGUUCUUUGAAGAGCUGGUUAAAUUUGUAUCGCAGCAGCGGAACUCGAUGCGAAAGGCGAAGUUGGCAGCUAAGAUGGUUCAGAUCAAGAGGUUAGCCGAACUCGACAUGCCCGACGAUGAGGACGACGACAAUAACGACAACGAGAGCCAGGGCGACCUGAAAGCCGGAGCCAGCAACGGCGCUACCGGUCUCGAGGCCGCAACCCCGAAGGCUAAGCCGGCUGGGCCAGAAGAGCUCAUGCUGAGGUUUAGAAGUACGCGGCAAAUGGGGUCUCGGCAGAUGGCGUCUAGGUCUGGGCUGGCUGGCGGGCUAGGCUCGUUCCAAGACCAAGCCGACAUCUGGGAGGAACUUGAUAGGGGCCUCGAGUUCGUCCAGGGCAUGUGCGAACACGGCGCGCACCAGUUUCUCCGCGAGGGAGACUGUAGCGACGAAAUUGAGAAGAUAAAGAAGCGUCUCUCGCAGACGAAGGAGGCCGCCGACAAGGAAUUGGCGCGGCCUUCGACGGAAAGCACAAGCAGCUCCAGUCCCCCCGCGCCCAUCCGGUCGCGAAGUUACCGCCCGAUGAUGAUGCGGAGGGAGGCCGGCGCCUGCGGCUCCAAGACGCCUUGCCCCCCAAAGAAGGAGAGCGUAGACGUUGAGGACGAGGGGGUUCAGGAUAUGGAUUACAUCCAGCCAGCUGAGAAAGCUACCGAGCCUGCUGCGAACGGCCCUAGCUCUUAGAACGGAGACACGGUCACGCUACGUUCUUUUCCGUGCGACUCGCGGAUUCAGGCAACAUACUACACUCUACAUACCCAUCUAAUACUGCACAUACACACACACACACACACACACACACACACACACACACACACACACACACACACAC